AUGGGCUGCAUGACCGACUUGGAUACUACGGAGGUAAUUAUGAAUAACCAAGUCGUGGCGUCGGAAGACAGCGAUCAUCCCAAUGUCCACUUGGAAAUUGUCCAGCAACAAGGCGCCAUGGUCGAACUGAAAUUGAUUGUUCCCGAGGAAUUGCAAGAUGUUCAAUUUGUCGUGGACAUUUUGUACCCGGAAGAAGACGUCGUCGUCGUCAAGGCCAAGUUGGUCCAUGGUCAAUGCGACCACGACAAGCGAGUGGCAGCCCGCAGCGGCGAUACCGUGACACUGCAAUUUUGGAGCGACGACCAGUGUGUUUCCGUGGUGGCGGGAUGGGCCACGGGGCAUGAAGCCGUCCGUUUGACACCCGUCUUGCAAGUAUGUCCACAGGCAGGAGAACAGCAACAAGAACAACAAAUCAUCAAAGACGAACUCAAAGAACAAGCAGCAGCGUACAAGGAAGAUUUGGAUCGCGUGGUGGCCAAUGACAAGAAGGAACAUCCACACGACGACAAGGAUCACGAUUUUUCCAAAAGUGAUCAUCGAAGAGAAGACCAUCAUCAUCAUCAUCAUCAUCAUCAUCGUGAUCAUGCCAAAGAUGAUGACGGCGACAAGGACGCACGGCAAGUCCAAGAAGAAAAGAAUAGUCGAGAGCGACCCGAGGAUAAAAGUGACAAAGCACGAGCCAGGCAACGCAUCAAAGAGCGACAGAGGGCAUUGAUGCAAGAAAAGGAAAAACUGGAAGUACAACAACACAAAAACGACGACAAGAGCAGACCGAUCGAACAAGGCAUUGAUUUGGAUACCACGUGGUUCUUGUAUGGAUUGGCAAUUCUAUUGGUGGGGCAUCUCCUCGUGGUACAAGGAUGCCGAGUGGUGGCUGCAGGAGGAGACUAUUCUUCUCUCAAUGGCAAGGGACGAAGGACUCAUUGA